AAUCUAUUUUUGCCAAAUGUUAAGACUCUUUCACACCAAAAGUGAAAUAAAUAAGCCUCAGGCUAAAGGAAACUAUUUACGCCUGUACAGUAGAGGGCACAGCUCAAACCUUUCAGCUGUAUGGCCAUUCUGGAUUGAAGAAGAAUAGUAUACAGGAGAAGGAAGUUCAAAACUCUUAUUUCUAAAUCUAAUAUAAAGUUAUUUCUGCUUAUUGGUAUGGUUGAAUUAGGUAAUUGAAGGUCAGCCGCAAAGACAUUGGCAAAUAAAGUGAGAUAAAAUGCAUUAAAUGAAAGAUAAAUCUUAUCAGUCUUAUUUUUUCUUUCCUGGUUUCUCAGUUUUCUCUCUCGCUGGUCUGUAAGGUUUCAAUUGUUAGAGUGGAGAAGAGUUGUUCUUGUUUCAUCACACAUCUGUUCUUAGUCUAGGAGAAAAGGUUGCUCCGGGAUGAAUGGUGCCUUCAGACGGAAACUGACUUAUUAUUACGGAUACAGACUUAUUAUUCUUAUUAUUCUAUAAUGAUGGAAUAUAUAUUCUCAUUAGACAGUUGUUACAGUUACACACGCCCCCUAAACAUGUAUGAAAGCUAAAGUACAAGUUGAGAAGGUUUUGUGAACGGAUUGACUCAUUAAAAAAAAAAGUAUGCAUUUUGGCAAAACUGUCUGUUUCUUUGAUAUUAAGUGUUUUAAUUCAAAUGAUUAAAAGUGUUAUGAUGAUUAAAAGUGUUGAAAUAUUAAGUGACAGCUGUUAUCUCUGCAGCUCCACUGUCAUUUUUCCAGAUUUCCCAUUGACAAACGCCAAAAAAAAAAAAAAAAAAAAAAAAAAAAAAACCUUCGACACGCCCAUUUUCCGAGCUGCAGCCACCCGCUCUCGUUCAGUUAAAUCAGUUCAGUCUUCAGAGGUGAGGAGAGCAGUUCAAGCUCUUCCCACAACGAUCACAUCAUAUCAGCUCAGCUCCUUCCACAGCAGUUCUCCAAUAAAUGCUGGAAUAUUCCCAUCAGACGAGCAUCAGAGCAUCAGGAAGAGCUGAAAUCUGCAAAGAUUGAGUUUAUUAAAGAGGACAGUGAGAGCAUGAGUGAUCCAGAACCUGCAGAAUGAAACACACUGAAGAUACUGAAGAACAAAGAGACCCGAUGGAAGAGAGUGAGGAGAGUGAAGAACUGAGUGAAGUGGAGGAGGAACAUCAUGACAAACCUGGAGAAAAACCUUUGAGUCGCUCAAAGACUAAAAAGACAUUUUUAAAGAAAAGAAAAGCAAGGAAAUCUUUCACCUGCUCUCAGUGUGGAAAGAGUGUGACAACCAAACAAAGUCUUAAGGUUCACAUGAGGAUCCACACCGGAGAUAAGCCGUAUGCAUGUGAUCAGUGUGGGAAGAGUUUCAGGCAAAAACCAAAUCUUAGGCAACACAUGAAGAUCCACACUGGAGAGAAGCCAUUCACAUGUGAUCAAUGUGGGACAAGCUUCGCAUCAAAAGUAUAUCUUAAGGAACACAUGACGAUCCACACUGGAGAGAAGCCGUUCACAUGUGAUCAGUGCGGGAAGAGUUUCCCAUACAAACAGAGUCUUAAGGCUCAUUUGAGACUUCAUACUGGAGAGAAGCUGUUCACAUGUGAUCAGUGUGGGAAGAGAUUCACGCAAAAAAUACACCUUAAGGUUCACAUGAGGAUCCACACUGGAGAGAAGCCGCAUGGAUGUGAUCAAUGUGGGAAGAGUUUCACGUGUUCAACACACCUUAAAAAUCACAUGAGGAUCCACACCGGAGAGAAGCCGUUCAUGUGUGAUCAGUGUGAAAAAAGUUUCUCAAACAAAGAAAGUCUUGAUCGUCACCUGAGGGUCCAUACUGGAGAGAGGCCGUUCACAUGUGAUCAAUGUGGGAAGAGUUUUGUGGAUUCUUCAAAACAUAAAAGACACAUGAAAAUCCACACCGGAGAGAAACCGUACGCAUGUGAUCAAUGUGGGUUUAGUUUCACAGAAAAAACAAAACUCAAGAUACACAUGAGGAUCCACACUGGAGAAAGGCCAUUUGCAUGCGAUAAAUGUGGGAAGAGUUUCAAGGAUUUAGGAUGGCUUAAGAGUCACAUGAGAAUCCACACUGGAGAAAAGCCUUUCAUGUGUGAACAGUGUGAAAAGAGAUUCUCAAACAAACAAAAUCUUAAGCUUCACAUGAGGAUCCACACUGGAGAGAAACCGUUCACAUGUGAUCAGUGUGGGAAGAGCUUCAAAGAUAAACCAAGUCUUGAGCGUCACAUGAGAGUUCACACCGGAGAGAAGCCAUACAUGUGUGUUCAGUGUGAAAAGAGAUUCACUCACAGACAAAAUCUUGAUGUUCACAUGAGGAUCCACACCGGAGAGAAGCCGUUCACAUGUGAUCACUGCGGCAAAACAUUUAUUGUGUCAUCAGCCCUGAAGAAACACCUGACAGUUCAUACGAAGGAGAAGCCACAUUCAUGUUCUGUGUGUGGAAAGAGUUUUUCACUGCUGCAAAGUUUACAGGAACAUCAGAAUAUACACACUGGUGUAAAAGCUUAUAUGUGCUUUGAGUGUGGGAAGACUUUUACUCAAGCAAGUGCUUUAAGGCAGCAUAAGAAGAUUCACACUGGAGAAAAACCUUACAAGUGUUCACACUGUGACAAGAAAUUCAGUUGUUCAGCAAAUCUAAAAGCACAUGAGAGGAUCCACACUGGAGAAAAACCUUUCAAGUGUUCACACUGUGACAAGAGUUUUAGUGUUUCAUCAUCUCUGAAAAUACAUGAGAUGAUUCACACUGGAGAAAAACCUUACAAGUGUUCACACUGUGACAAGAGAUUCAGUCAGUCAUCAUCUCUGAAAAUACAUGAGAUGAUCCACACUGGAGAAAAACCUUACAAGUGUUCACACUGUGACAAGAGAUUCAGUCGGUCAGAACAUCUGAAAACACAUGAGAUGAUCCACAGCAGAGAGAAGCCGCACACGUGUGAUCAGUGUGGGAAGAGUUUCUCUUGUAAAAGUCAAUUGAAGCUUCACAUGAAGAUCCAUACAAGAUCUACAUGAGAAACCACUUAGUGGCAAAACCACUUAGUUUCCUAACAGCCAUGAUGAGUGAUGGGACAUUUUGUUGGUUGAUUGUAGGAGUGGGUGACCUGAUGAGUUUAUACUGUGAUCUUGAAGAUGUCCACAAACUACUUUUCAAGAGAAUCAUGGAGAUUGUGAUCUUAUAUGUAUUCGUAAUUGUUAAAUUUCUAUGGGUGUGCCAAAAAAUAUGCCAAAAUUAACCUCUCUUUGUUUUGUUGUUUAGUAUCUUUAAUAGUGUUCUGUGACAGUCUUAACCAUAUCACUUUUAGUUUGCCAUCUCGUUUUGGAUAUUAUUUUGCUACUUUUCCCCUUUAGUUUUCUUUCUUUUAGAUGCCGUUGUUCUCUGCCCAUUAGUAUGGUGAACAGGGUUAAAUGUGUACAUAUACCUCAGGUAAGAAUGGGAACACUAUCCUACAUGUUUUGUGUUUGUUAGCAUAAGUUAGGACGCUUGACGCUGAAGAUCUGAUUUAUUUUCUUUUAUUUCUUUGUUAGGUUAGAGGAUUAAUUAGAAGUUAUGCUCAGUUUGUUGUUUUUUUCUUUGGCAUCACUAAUUGUGUCUCUUUUCUCUUGGGUUUAAUAAUCUGAUUUUGUUUUGAAUUGUAAAUAUUUGCUUAUUUUCAUCAUCAUAUCAUCAUUGUACAUUUAGUUUGGCUUAUGCAUAAUAAUUGCUUUGCAUUACUUUUUUUUCACGUCGUCACCUGCCAACUCCAUCACUCUAAAUUUGAUCAUGACCCCAGUGUUGUUCUUUUGACCCUAGACCAAACUAAGAGGUUGUAACAGUAAUAAUGUUAAAACUACACCAAUAAAUGCCUUCUUAAACUCACAUAAUGUGACCUUCUUCACACUUAAGAAUAUAACCUUUAAAUACAAGUAUGCAAUAGGAAAAACUUCUCAAGUCAGCGUAAACAGCACAGGCAUCUGUACAGUGUCCAGAGCAAACGUGUUAAAAUUAAAUCUAAAAUAAUUAUUGUUCAUGAAUUUGCUUUUCCUUCAGUCCAGCAAAUCUUUGUUUGAUGUUCAGUUUGUAAAGACUAUCUGUUAAAAAAUAUCUGCAUAUGCAUCAUUUUUGCAUCAGCUUACAGAUUACAUGUCAAGCCUACGCCAUAUAGAGUUUCAUGACUUAACUAGUGAUUCAUAACACAAAUCAUCUUCAUGACAUUAAAAUAGAUAAUUGUGACACAGCAGUUGUCGAGCAGAUUUGAUGGGAUUAAAAUGACUCAUCAGUGAUCUUGACUUUUUAGCUUCACUUUCAGUUUCACACAAAGGAGAAGAUGAAUCUGAUAUUGGAUCUGAUUCCCCCCCCCCCAGCCCCCCCGCAUUAUCUUUCUUUAGAACAUCUAGUUUCCCUUCCACUUCUACUCUUCCAUUCAAAUGCAAUGUAUUUUUGAAGCUGGGGACUUUGCUUCUCUUCUUCUUUUGAGAUGCUUUGACUCUCUUAUAUAAAUCUGUCCUAUUCAGUUUCAUUUUUACUUAAUUUUUGUAUUUGCUUCAAGUAAUGAUUGAUUAAACUAAUAAUUUUA